UGUUGUUUAAUUCAUGGUUUCAAUUUCUUUCUUCUACUUCAUUUUUUUUCGAAUUUUUGUCAGCUCCGAGAUCUGAUCUGUUCUUCGGUGUUUGUGAAUUGAGGAAUUGAUAGAUGGCGAGGAAUAAACUUGUAAGUGGUGGUGGUAGUCAUGGGAUAUGGAAAUAUUUCAACCCAGCAUUUUAUCUCCGACGACCAAGACGUCUUGCUUUGCUUAUCAUCCUCUUCGUCUCUGUUUCCAUGGUUGUUUGGGAUCGUCAGUCUCUUUCCCGCGACUACCAGGUUGAAGUUUCCAAAUUAAAUGAAGAAGUUGUGCGGUUGCAGCAGAUGUUGGAAGAGAUGAAAAGCGUCACUGAGGAUAUGUCUGUGAAGAGUUUGAACGAUGUCCAGGAAGAUCCAGUUGAUGCCCAGCGAAUGCAGAGAGUUAAAGAAGCAAUGAUUCAUGCUUGGAGUUCUUAUGAAACGUAUGCUUGGGGACAAGAUGAGCUUCAGCCCCAGACAAAAGAUGGCGUUGACAGCUUUGGUGGUUUGGGAGCAACUAUGAUAGAUGCGUUAGACACACUCUAUAUAAUGGGUCUAGAUGAGCAGUUUCAAAAAGCCAGAGAUUGGGUGGCAAGCUCAUUAGAUUUCGACAAGGAUUAUGCCGCCAGUAUGUUUGAGACAACCAUAAGAGUGGUAGGAGGGCUUCUCAGUGCUUAUGAUCUUUCUGGGGAUAAAAUUUUCCUCGAAAAGGCUACUGAUAUUGCAGACAGAUUAUUGCCUGCAUGGGACACUAAGUCGGGUAUACCAUAUAAUAUUAUCAACUUGAGACAUGGAAAUGCUCAUAAUCCUACAUGGGCCGGGGGAGACAGUAUUCUUGCCGAUUCUGGUACUGAACAGCUCGAGUUUAUUGCUCUUUCCCAGAGGACGGGUGACCCAAAGUAUCAGCAAAAGGUAGAAAAGGUUAUUUCAGUACUAAAUAAGGAUUUCCCUGAUGAUGGUCUACUUCCGAUCUAUAUAAAUCCCGAUACAGCUAAACCAUCAUACUCUACCACGACAUUUGGUGCCAUGGGAGACAGCUUUUACGAAUAUUUGCUCAAAGUUUGGGUGUUUGGGAACAAAACUUCAGCAGUGAAACACUAUAGAGAUAUGUGGGAGAAAUCAAUGAAUGGUCUGCUAAGCUUGGUUAAGAAAUCAUCACCUUCGUCGUUUACAUAUAUCUGUGAGAAGAGUGGAAAUUCUUUGAUCGAUAAGAUGGACGAAUUAGCAUGCUUUGCUCCCGGAAUGUUGGCUUUAGGAGCAUCUGGGUAUAGUGAUCCUGCUGAGGGAAAGAAGUUUCUCACACUCGCGGAAGAGCUUGCAUGGACAUGCUAUAAUUUUUACCAAUCGACACCAACAAAACUGGCUGGGGAGAAUUAUUUCUUCAACUCUGGGAAUGACAUGAAUGUUGGAACGUCGUGGAACAUCUUGAGACCAGAAACUGUUGAAUCACUGUUUUACCUCUGGCGGUUAACUGGCAACAAGACAUAUCAAGAGUGGGGAUGGAAUAUAUUUGAAGCGUUUGAGAAGAACUCGCGUAUAGAGUCUGGAUAUGUCGGUUUGAAAGAUGUUAACACAGGCGUUAAGGACAACAAGAUGCAAAGUUUCUUCCUUGCUGAGACGCUCAAGUAUCUCUACCUCCUCUUCUCACCCACAACAGUCAUUUCCUUGGACGAAUGGGUAUUCAACACAGAAGCUCAUCCACUUAAGAUUAAUUCCCGUAAAUAUCCGGUAAAUCGCAAUCAAUCCAACAGCGUGCUGCAAAGAAAACCGGCAUUUAGAAUACGCCAGAGGCACUAUGGUCGGAUAACAAAGAAGUAAAACUCCCUGGAGAGGGUCACACCGUCACAGUGUGAGAUCAUCAUUUGUGAUUCGUAGGAGGGAGGCUCCAUGGAUAUAUAUCAUAACUGAGUAACGGGAUUUUAGCUUGGCUAUUCAAAGACCUAUUUAUUUAAGGAACAAUUUUUGAAAAGAUUUCAAAGAUAUAGACACUUUUGUUGUAAUAUUUGGAACCAGAACCCAAACAGAAAGGUUUACCAAUUACCACAGUUUACGCCUUGUGUUGUUGUUUUUGUAUCAUUAGAUUAUUAUAAAUCAAGAGCAUUAUUUUAUGCUUUGUA